CUCUCUAUCUGUCCUCUUCUCUUCGUCUCAAUCAAUCCGUCACUUUGUUUUUGUCGUGUGCUUUCUUGUUCACUUGUGUUUGAUUUCUGCUUUUCUUUAUUCCUCUUAAGCUAUUUUUUCUUCUGUCAGUUUUGUGGCUAGUUGUGUCUCACCUUCACUUCUGGUUUCCACUGGCAACGUUGCUAUAUUUGACUUUGUCACAACUUCAUGUCCCGUAGUUUUUUCUGUGCCACUGCUUUAAUAUAGUUUUGACCGUCCUUUGUGCUUUUUUCUCUCCGCAACUCCUAGUCGUCUAGUUUUGCUGCUUUUGCUUCACCUGCCUCUCUCCUUCACCGUAACCCCCAUCCAUCUUCUUCUCUUCUCUUCCACUCAAUCUCUUCUCAUCUCUGAGGAACUCUGCACUUCUGCAUCAUGGGAAAGACAGAGCUGUGCUCUCUCUACAAGGGUUUUCUGGACUGUAUUUGCCUCUGCCUCUCUCGGAGCAGCAAUGAGGCUGCAGGCGACAAUGAGAGGGACACUGAGAAUGGCCACCUGAUCUACAAAAGCGGGGACAUCCUCAAAGACAGAUAUGAGAUAAUUGACACUUUAGGUGAGGGAACCUUUGGGAAGGUGGUGCAAUGUUUGGACCACAGCAGAGGAGGAGGUGGAAUUGCUCUGAAGAUCAUUAAGAACUUGGAUAAAUAUAGAGAAGCAGCCAAACUGGAAAUCAAUGUUCUGGAGAAGAUCAGCGAAAGAGAUCCAGAUAACAGACAUCACUGUGUGCAGAUGCUGGACUGGUUUAACUACUACGGCCACGUGUGCAUCACUUUUGAGCUGCUGUCUCUCAGCACCUUUGACUUCUUGAAAGCAAACAACUUCCUGCCUUAUCCCGUUAACCAGAUCCGACACAUGGCCCACCAGAUCUGCGACGCUGUCAGCUUUCUCCAUGACAACAAGCUGACUCACACAGACCUGAAGCCUGAGAACAUCCUCUUUGUCAACUCAGGCUACUCCCUCGUAUACAACGCUGAGAAGAAGUGCAAUGAGCGGAGAAUAAAUGACACCACAGUGCGGCUUGUCGACUUUGGCAGCGCUACUUUUGACCACGAACACCACUCUGCCCUCAUCUCUACACGGCACUACCGAGCUCCAGAGAUCAUACUGGAGUUGGGUUGGAGUCACCCAUGUGAUGUGUGGAGUAUCGGCUGCAUCCUGUUUGAAUACUACGCAGGCUUCACACUGUACCAGACUCAUGACAAUAAGGAGCAUCUUGCUAUGAUGGAGAGCAUACAGGGACCAGUUCCUCAGAGAAUGAUUCAAACGAGCAGAAAGCAAAAGUAUUUCCACCGUGGGCGUCUCGACUGGAAUCAGUGGUCCAAGGCCGGACGCUACGUGAAAGCCAAGUGCAAACCAUUAAGGAAGUACUUGUUAUCUCACGGCACAGAACACCACCAGUUGUUUUACCUCUUAGAGAGGAUGCUGGAGUAUGAGCCCUCCACACGCAUCUCUCUUUCCUCUGCCCUGUGUCACCCCUUCUUCCUGCCUCUUCAUCAUCCAGGAAGGAGUCAAACCUGGAGGAACAGCUGUGAUUUGAGCAAAUGAACCUGAAUAGUCAACUGACUCUACGAGGACCAUACCAGUGUGUUUUCAAGUUUUAGUUUCUCAACUUCAAAUCAGAAGAAAGUAACUGAAAGAAGGGCUUAAAAAGUUAUUGUGCACAAUGUUGAAAAAAAAAAAAAGUUGAAAUGCUUUAUGUUAGAAAUCUUUGGCUUUAUGGGGGUAAUCAUGCCGUGAGCCCAACAGGAAUAUUCCCCCGAUGCAGUCGAGACCAGGGUGGUGGUGAAAGAGUGAAGAACAAUAGCUGAAGAUUUGGAUGCAUGUGAUCUGGAGCAAGUUUUCGAGAGAGCUCAGUGGAAGAACUCAUGGGACAGCUGGUUCUGAUGACAUGGGGUCGAGGUGGGUCAUGUCAAUCAGACACUGAAAUAACCGAAAGGAAGAUUUGUUUGACACCAACAAGCUAAUUUGUGACACCCUCAGUCAGCUGAUUGAGUUCUAAGUGGGAAAGAAAUAUCUGACUCUUUAAGUGCUAAAUGCUUCUUUACGUUCACAUUUAUUUAGCAUUGGUGCUGAGCGGUGCAGGUGGUGCACAGUCGGCUGAAAACGACACUGAUAAAAGUGGUGAGAGUGAAACAAAACAGUUGAGAAAACAACGAGCUGAAAGACGCUGGAACUUUAUAAAGCUAAGGGGAACUGCAACUCACAAUACUGCUGAGGGUGGCCAGUGCUCCUGUAAUAUUAAGCCUCUGGCCCCCCCAAACGGUGGCAAGUAUUUUUAUAAAAUCUUUCAAUCCCACCUUUAUCCCCAAAGAAGGGGAUAUUAUUCAUGUGCAUUGAUAAAUAAAAUGUAGGUUACCACUCAA